GUUUUUGAGGGAUGUACUAUAAAAGGCAAUAGGGUUUAAGUUAAGUUCAUACAAAUCACCUGGACCAACCUUGCUUAAUGUCCAACGACAUCGAACUUGAUGACUUUUCCGGCAGAACACGUACAGCUCACUCAAACAACGGACCUGAUAUAGGCUCGGUUGAUGAAUCACGUCAAGACGGAGCGAUUUGUCUUUGGGCUUGGUUUUCGGCGGCGAUCUUUAUCAUCUUCUCUACAAGCUUGAUGCUGUUCCCAAGGUUUCUCCUCUUCAUGGCAGAACCAUCAGGAGGACGAACCCUACUCUCACCCCUGGAAUCCUUCCUCGCGGCACAACUAGGCAUUACGAUGGGCGCAGUCGCACUCACUCUGGUAGUAACGAUUCCAAAUACUUCGCCAAUCGAUUUCCAGCACGGUCAGCAUGUGAACUCCCAUCCACUCCUCGUGCCUGUGACCUCUGCCUCGGUUCUUUUGGCAUUCCUUUCUUACAAUAAAAGUGAUGUUGGCUCUCUUGGCAACUUCAUUUUUCUAGGGUCAUCUUUUGUUGGGUUAUUUGGACUAUGGGUGCUUCUUUUUGCGGGGCCAUCUGUGAUCUCGGAGAAGACUGGAGCUGACAAGCGCACCUCCGCAUUCAUAUUCGGGAACAAAAACGCGGCUUCCAUCCGCAAGAAGGAGUGGAGUAAGCAAGCAAACAAGGAACAAGACCUCGUAAGACCCAUCAAGUGACCCGCACUGCCCACGGCACGACCCUUGAUUGAUAUAGAACAGACCAAUACUGUAUUAAUAACCAUCUGAUCACGGUUGUCUGCAUUAGGUUUGCAUUAGCAACGUAUCCUGAACUUUAUUGGAUAAUUCAUCGUCCAGC